AUGGACUGGAUCAUCGAUCAUCAGGAAGCCACAGGGGACUGGGCAGGCAUAUGGCCACCGAUGGCAUUUGGUCUUCUCGCCUAUGCCUUGGAAGGAUACUCUCUCGAAAGCGCGCCCAUGCGCCUAGGCCUUGAAGCCAUCGAAAGGUUCGCAUGGCAGGACGAUGCCGGCAAGCGUAUUCAGGCGUGUGUGUCACCUGUCUGGGACACGAUCCUGAUGUGCGUGGCGUUGAGCGCCACAGGCUUUGAGCUUCACCCGCGGUGCUCUGAUCCCUCCAUAUUGCGUAGACGUGGUCUGGCUUGGCUGCGGCAACGCCAGCUCUUCUCGAGCCAAGGCGACUGGCGUGUGUAUCGAUCACGUCUCACGCCAGGCGCCUUCAGUUUCGAGAAUCACAAUGCCUGGUACCCAGACGUUGACGACACAGCAGCCGCGGUCAUAGCUUUCCUGAGGGACGAUAAGUGGGCUGUGGGAUCCUCACACGUCCUGGAUGCUGUCCAAUGGAUCCUUGGCAUGCAGUGCAGCAAUGGUGGCUGGGCUGCGUUUGAUGUUGACAACGACAAGCUGUUUCUCAACAAGAUUCCUUUCUCUGAUAUGGACAGUUUGUGUGAUCCUGCCACCGCAGAUAUAGUUGGACGCGUCCUCGAGGCGUUCGGACUGGUGUUGACAGCAGCAUUUGAGACCCGCCAGCAUGUUGAUGGACCCUUGAGUCGCGUGCUGGACGAGCUUCGAAAAUCCUGUCGUCGCGGCAUUGAGUUUCUCCAACGAUCGCAGGAGAUCAAUGGUGCGUGGUACGGCCGAUGA